UAGUUUUUUCAAUGGGUUCCAAGUUAAUGGAAGUCUCUCGCGAUCAGUGGCCAGCACUGAGAGAUCUGUUUGCAGGAGAUCGAAAAAAUCUUUCGGGCUUCGACCUAAUAGAGUAUUUUGUAAACUACCAACCAGAAUCGAGUUACGAGUCAAUAAAGAUAUAUACAACUGAUAAGAAUUGGAUUACACAUGGCAACUAUAUGCUUAUUCACACUUUACUCAGCAAAAACUUUGUUUACUUCGAUACUGUCAAGGGAUGUCUGGAAGAUCUCAAGGGUUUAUUGUGUUCCUUGAAUUUAAAGGGGUUCCAUAUAAUUUGUGGGUAUGGAGAACGAUAUAAGACCCUUGUCGAGGAGUAUUGGCAAUAUUUGGGUAGAGAUCUAAGCGAAUUGGAGCAUCAGGGCACUAUAGUUUAUCACCUGCCAAGCUCUGAAGUACAAAAGUGGAAAGCCAGCUCGAGUACCUCACUUAAUGUGGGUUAUCUCAGUGCUAAGCAUGCCGACUUGGUGGAUCAGCAUUGGGCUUAUCGCUCCCCCGAUUCCCUGCCUCUGAUAAGAGGUCUGUUGGAGCACAAUGUCAGUGCUGGGGUCUUCGAUAGCCAAGGAGAGCCCUUGGCUUGGUGUCUUAGAUCUCCCCACGGUAGUCUAAGCCACUUGCACGUUUUAGCUGACCAUCGUCGUCAAGGACUUGGAUCCUUGGCUGUGCGUUUUAUGGCCAAGGAAAUUAUAGCCACAGGAUCUGAGGUUCUGGCCACAGUAGUCUUUGCUAACCAGAGCUCUCGCAGAAUGUUUGAGAAAUUAGGUUUUAAGCCCAUUAAUAAAAUAUAUUGGGCUGUAAUUGCUUAGAUUAAAUAUAUAAUCUUUUAUUAGUUUCAUUUACACACAAGAGCUCAU